UCGAGAAAAAUAAAGAGGGUCACAGCUGUGCCCUCCUGUCACGUAUAGCGUAUCUUUUGAAUUCCGUGACGCGGUGACUAACAGGCGUUGCCAUGGCACUGCUUUUUCGUUACAUCGUACUCCUCAUAGCAGUACUAUGCGUUUUGAUCCCGUUAGAAGCAGAUGCAGCAAAAAAGGCCAAACCGAGCAAGAAGCCCAAGAAACCCAAGAAGACAAAGCCACCGAAACCACCAAAGCCAACCAAGGCAUCCAAGAUGAAGAAGACGAAAGGGGCUGACGGUUGCCUGCCACCUCCGGUGACAACUCCUCCUCCUGCUCCACCCUCAUGUCCCACGUUUGCUAUCACUACGCAGUCUCCAACUAAUACCCCAGCAACCACACCAUCAAUGACUAUUACACCACUGACUACACCAUCUCCAACUACUACACCAUCGUCUACACCACCUCCAAGUACUACCCCACCAACUACACCAUCUCCAACUACUAACCCACCAACUACACUGUCCCCAACUACCACACCAUCAAUGACUACUACAUCAACUACACCAUCUCCAACUACUACCCCACCAACUACACUGUCCCCAACUACUACACCAUCAAUGACUACUAGACCACCAACUACACCAUCUCCAACUACUACACCACCAACUACACCAUCUCCAACUACUACCCCACCGACUACGCCGUCUCCAACUACUCCCCAGUCAACCACAAUGUGCCCAACUACUACCCCAGCAACCACACCAUCAAUGACUACUACACCACCAACUACACCAUCUCCAACUACUACCCCACCAACUACACUGUCCCCAACUACUACACCAUCAAUGACUACUACACCACCAACUACACCAUCUCCAACUACUACACCACCAACUACACCAUCUCCAACUACUACCCCACCGACUACGCCGUCUCCAACUACUCCCCAGUCAACCACAAUGUGCCCAACUACUACCCCAGCAACCACACCAUCAAUGACUAUUACACUACCAACUACACCAUCACCAAAUACUACACCACCCUGUACUCCGCCUCCAAGUACUACCCCACCAACUACAUUGUCUCCAACUACUACCCCACCGACUACACUGUCCCCGACUACUACACCAUCAAUGACUACUACACCACCAACUACAUCAUCUGCAACUACUCCACCACCAACCACACCAUCUCCAACUACUAUCCCACCGACUACGCCGUCUCUGACUACUACCCCAGCAACCAUGCCAUCUCCAACUACUUCCCCACCAACUACACCACUUCCAACUACUGCACCACCAACUACACCAUCUCCGUCUACUACACCAUCAACUACACCAUCUCCCUCAACCGAGGCAUGUCUUACAACCACUCCAGUCACGACUUCCGCCACUGCAACCACUCCAGCAGAGACAACAACUCCCGCUGCACCAACCACCCCUUUGCAGACAACUACAACACCACCUCCAGGUCCCUGCAUCAACAUCACAUUCUCCAACCUUUUCAACCUGGGUAAUUGCGUUGGAAAUGCCUUGCAGUUUUGUGCGCCGAAUAACAACGGGAUAAUAGCGGGAGUCAUACGCCUGCUUGAGUGUUUGCUUAGGGGAUUGGGGAACGCCGAUCCUGGCGACUACUUCGUGUCCUUCGGAUUCCUGUUGGAAGACAUCCUCAUAAUAGCGUAUCGCGUGCUGGACCUGCCUAAUCCGGAACAGUUCCGUGGCCGGAUAGUGGGCGUCUGCAAAGGGUCAAAUCCACCAGGGUAUUGUAGCGGUGUUCCGAAGAACGAGACGUGUGGACGUCCUCUCGUCAUCCAGCUGCCUGAGACACUCAACAUCGGAAGAUGCUCGAACGAGACCUUGGUUGCCUGUCCUAAAAAUCAACCGGCUAAGAAACAGGACAACGCAAACCUCUUCACACUUCUUGGAUGCAUCCUGGACAAUUUGGGUCAGCAGAGGCUCGACAAAGUCGUCAAGGGCGUUCUGUGCGAAUUACUCCGGCUAGUCAAUUAUCUUGUGGGCAAUCCUUCCACUGGAGGUGACAAAGAGCCUGGACAAGGCACUCCCCUUCAGCCAGCAACAGAUGUCAUAAGCCAGAACAACGGCGCCCUAUUCGGCCCACUUGGCGAUGCAAAGGAACAACUAGACAACGCACUCAGUGACCAAUGCCCCGAAAUCAAGUCAUGAAUGCGUCGGUGUCACGAAAAUAUUGUCAACGUUUUGGUCUUGCACCGAAAAAAAAGGGAAGCCUUGC